CGCGCCAAUGUGAACCCUCCCUAAUGUGUAUAUUUUCAUUAAUUGCAUAUACAUAUGCGCAAUGACAAGGAUGACAAUGUUGCUUAUCUCGACGUCAUAACUCGAAUCUCGAACGGUACUUAGGACACGCAAUUGAUAUCCAACAAUUAAAGUAUAUCGCAAAAAUGUGAAACGCUGCCAAAUGUUUGAUACGAAAUACGCGAAUUCAUUCUGUUCGAUUAUGUAAUGCCAUUGAGCAACGAUACUUCGACGCGGACGAAAAAGGUAUUGUUUGAUGCGAAAAGUAAAGCGACUGCUCGAAAUAGUGUCCCAGAGGAGAAUCAGUUUUUGACAAUAGCAGCUGCUUUACCAAUUUUGCCAGGUGCACCAGUACCUCCAAAGCUGUCAAAGCGUUGUUACAAUUCAUUUAGUUGUACUGGAACCCAAUUUGACAUUGAACAUGCAGAAGCAGAAGGAUGCAACGUGGUUACGUUACAAUGGACCGGAGAGGCAAGAACGAUCGUGGCGUCGAGAACUUCUGCCGAACGAGAAAAGAACCCUGACAGAAUAUGUCUCGAUAGGCGAGGUCUGACAACAUUUCCUAAUGUCAUUGGAGAAUCCAAAUUGCGAUUAAUGUCUCUUCAGCAUAAUCUGCUGACCAAGAUUGAGAGCUCCAAUUUCUCUCAAUUGACAAAGCUCGUAUUUCUUGAUUUGUAUGACAAUCAAAUAGAGAAAGUAUGCGAUUUUGAUCUUUUGGAGAAUUUAAGAGUACUCUUAUUAGGGAAAAAUAGAAUAAGAAAAAUUGAAGGGUUGAAGCAACUUUUGAAAUUGGAAGUUUUGGAUUUGCACGGCAAUCAAAUCCAACAAAUUACGGGCUUGGAGAAUUUGUCGUCGGUAAAAGUACUGAAUUUGGCAGGGAAUAAUAUCAAAACUAUAGGAUGCAAUGAUUUUCAAGGUUUAAUCUCGUUAAAAGAAUUAAAUUUGCGGCGGAACAAACUAAAAAAAUUGUUAGGAUUUGACGGGACACCACAAUUACAAAAAUUAUAUUUGAGUAACAAUGAUAUUCAUAAAAUUGAAGAUAUGAGUAGCCUUGCAAAAGCCUUGCAAAUUAAAGAAAUAACAAUAGAUGGUAAUCCAGUGACUUUAAAUACUGAUUAUAUCUCAUUUCUCGUUUCGUACUUGCCAAAUCUGCAACUUUUAUCAACAAUGCAAAUCAGCGAACAAAUUCGGAGAACAGCGAUGGCUUGGAGAUUCUCUAAGGAACAAUCCAAUUCGGCAUUCCUUGAUCUUAGUACACAAGUUUGUAUGAGCGUACGUAGAGAGGAAGUGAUAUCAAAUGCUAAAACAAAUUGGGAAUUUCUCAGAUCUAGAACGAAAGUUUCGCAUGACAAUUCCAAUAAAGUAGCGAGCAAUAAUGCAGGCAAUAACAUUAAUAUAUUAUUACGUACACAGAGUUCAAAUAAAUUCAAUGCUAUAAAGAGUUUAGACAAAGCUAAAAUAAAAGGUUUUGGUAGUCUCACGUCGAUAAACGAAAAUAUGGAAGCACGAAAGAUACAUAUAAAAAAGAGAAGCUCUUCUAGCGAGAAUUUGUUUAAAUUGGAGGAUACAUCUAAAUCAUAUCCUUUGGAAUUUAAACUUCCACCUAUACUAGAUUCGAUAGUAAAUAGUUUGACAAGCAAUAAAAUCGAAAAUAGAUUAUCUAAGACUAAAGAAAAUGAGCGUAAGAUGAAAAUGCUCGGUGAAGAUGUCGAGAAUGCAUCGGAUAGCGAGACAGACAGUUCGCAGAGUCAUGAAAGUUUGAAGAGUGGUUUAAAGUGUCAUCUAUUUACUCCUAACAUGUAUGGCUCAUCUAUAGAUUACGACAAAUCUACUGUCUGUAACGAAUUUACUGUAGCGAAGGAUGUGUUCUCGAUUAACGCAGAAAAUUUUUAUAUUAAAGAUAAUGAAAACUAUACGCACAAUAAGGAUCAAGCACUUGUUACUGCCCAAAAUAACUCUUUAAAAUGUCACGACGCAGUGCGAAACGAGAACAAAGGCUUAAAUAAUAGAUCGUUUCAAAAUACAAAAGUAUUUUACGGCCGAGAUGGACAGGAUGACUGUCAAUCAAAAUCGACCGCAAAUUCUUCAGGAUAUUGCUCUUUGAGUUCUAAGACUAGUAGCGUAGACAGUUGUAAAUCAUUGUUGAAUGAUUCUGGCGUUUCAUCGAUUAUUAAAAACGCUCACAAGUCUCACGAAUGUGAGAUAAAGGAUAAAAAUAGAAUUAAGAGUGCUCAAACGAAAAAGAUAGUAUAUUAUAAGAGCAACAGAGCUGCAACAGCGAGGGCGAAAUUUAGAGCUCUUGCUCCGCCAAGUCCACCUCCUCAACAAGUACUGCCUAAAGAAAGGGAACAGGGCGGGGAUUAUUUAAUAGAAAUCAUUGGUCGAUGCCUAAAUAUAUAUGGUCAAGGCGCUUUACGCUUUAUAGAUAGAACUUGGGACAUGUCAAAGGCUCAAGAUGUCAACGUCGUAAAGUUUAAUUAUGUACAGUUUAACGAUGUGGCAAAAAUUUUGAAUAAACUAAAAAAUAGAUUUCCUAAUGCGGAGCAUUUCGUGUUUAAAGAAACCAACAUCAAUCUUCUUGGUCAAUUAAAUGCCUUAGCUGAGGUACAGGGAUUGACCAGUAUACAGAUAGAUGCAGGGGGGAAUCCUAUUGUGUCUAAGGACUGGAAAAUGUAUGCUAUAUUUCGAUUAGCCCAUUGGGGACUUGCAAUUAUCAAUGGCAAAGAGAUUACAGCUGAAGAUGUGGAACUUGCAAAUCAAGAAUAUACCGGUCUUAUAGAUAUAGUAAUGUGUUCACUGCCAGAUUCUUUAUUACAACCUUUGUUACAAAGACUUCAUUUAGAGAAAGUGCAAAGACAAAGCGGGGAACAAAUUACUGCCAAACAAUUUCUGUUCAACUGUGACCCGGCGCUUCGAAGUGUUGUUGCCAAGGAGGCGUUACAAUGGAGAAAGGGAAAUGUAACGCAGGAAGACCUUAUCUGGAGACACAAAGGAAAAGUACACUUGCUAAAUUUAAUCAAUCUCACUAUAAAUGCUAUACGCAAGUUACAGAUUUUAGAAAAGCAAUGGCCAUGCGUUCUGUAUGAAAUCAUUCAUAAUACUCUAUCUGAUUUUUCUGAAAUGGAUGUAUACAUGAAACGUUGCAGUAAAACGCUCGAAAGCAAUAAAUAACUUCAUGUCCGUGGCUUAAAAGGUUUCUAACCGUUUGAAUACCAAUGAACAAGAUAUUUUACUCUAUUUUACUCUAUUCAAAAAUUUAGUAUUGUACUACUAUAUGUUUUAUGCUGAAAGAUAAGUGCGACUCGAUCAUUCGGAUGUAUAGUAUACUAACUCACACUACAGUAGUCGUACAUGAUGCCGUAUGAAUGAUGCAAUUGUGAUAUUUGCGAUACAAUUGGCAAGAGAUACAUACAGAUUGCCGGAUUAUCGAAAUCCGAAUAGCCCGCUGGUACUCAAACUAUUAAAAUAUACAGGUAUAUAGGAUAAUAUUAUUUCGUGCCGAUAAUAGAUUCGACGCUGAAAGAAAUUGGCGCUUUUUUUUCUAAACAAGGUUUAUUA